AUGAAAUUUGGUGAACAAUUACAAAAUUCACUGAUAAGACAGUACAGUUACUACUACAUUGCUUAUGAUGAUUUAAAGAAGGAGUUAGAACAGAAUCUGCAAAAAGCAGGUGGUAACUGGUCGCAACAGUUAGAAACCGGAUUUCUGGAGUCCCUAGAAGUGGAAUUGGAUAAGGUCUAUACCUUUAGCAAAGUUAAACAUGGCGAAGUGCUUAGAAGGGUCAAAGACGCACAAAAGCAAGUUCAAACGACUGUUAGAAUGUUGAAUUCCAAUUCACCUCCAAGUGAAAUGGAUUUUGAUGCAAUUGAGGAAGGUUUAAGUGACAUUAUUGCAGACGUUCACGAUUUGGCCAAAUUUUGUCGUUUGAACUACAUAGGGUUCCAAAAGAUUAUUAAGAAGCAUGAUAAAAAGACUGGUUACAUCCUGAAGCCAAUUUUCCAAGUCAGACUAGAUUCGAAGCCUUUCUUCAAGGAGAACUACGACGAUCUAGUUCAGAAAAUAUCGCAAUUGUAUGAUGUUACUAGGACAAGAGGUAAUCCUGUAAGGGGUGAUAGUUCCGCCGGUGGUGGCCAGCAAAAUUUUGUUAGGCAAACUACGAAAUACUGGGUUCAUCCUGAUAAUAUCAUGGAGUUGAAAUUAAUCAUUUUAAAACAUUUACCCGUCUUAGUGUUUAACACUAAUAAAGAAUUUGAAAAGGAAGAUUCUGCCAUUACGUCCAUCUAUUACGAUAAUGCAGAUUUAGAUCUUUAUUACGGUCGUUUGCGUAAGGAUGAAGGUGCCGAAGCUCAUAGAUUGAGAUGGUACGGUGGUAUGGCAUCCGAUACUAUUUUCUUAGAAAGAAAGACACAUAGAGAGGAUUGGACUGGUGAAAAAUCUGUCAAGGCUCGUUUCUCACUCAAGGAACGUCAUGUUAAUGAUUUCCUCAAGGGUAAAUAUACUGUUGAUCAAGCUUUUGCCAAGAUGCACAAAGAAGGUAAGAAAUCUCUAAAAGAGAUCGAAAAUUUGGAGGCAUUGGCAACUGAGAUUCAGUAUACAAUGCUAAAGAAAAGGUUGAGACCGGUUGUUAGAACUUUUUACAAUAGAACAGCGUUCCAAUUGCCAGGUGAUGCCCGUGUCCGUAUUUCUUUGGAUACGGAAUUGACCAUGGUUAGAGAGGAUGAUUUUGAUGGUGUUGACAGGACUCAUGGUAACUGGAGAAGAACGGAUAUUGGUGUCGAUUGGCCAUUCAAGCAAUUAGACGAUAAAGAUGUGUGUAGAUUUCCCUAUGCCGUCUUGGAAGUCAAGUUACAGACUCAAAUGGGUCAAGAACCACCGGAGUGGAUCCGUGAAUUGGUAGGAUCUCAUUUGGUGGAAUCCGUUCCCAAAUUUUCCAAAUUUUUAAAUGGGGUCUCUUCACUCUUGUACGACAGAGUGCAGGAAAUUCCAUUCUGGUUACCGCAAAUGGACGUUGACAUCAAAAGACCACCCAAAGCUAAUAAUAUCAAUAUCACAAGACCAAAUAGAAGUGAUGAGGAUGAUUACGAUGAGGAUGAUGAGGACGAUUCUGCCAUGAUUGAUGCAAUGCAAGCGCCGGGAAAUACUAUGGACUUGGAAGAAAUUGCCGCUAGUGGAUAUGGCUCCAUUGAUAAUUCCGAUGCACCAGAAAACAAUCCUGAAAUUUCUGGUUAUUACCAACGUAAAAUUAGAAUGGCUGAAAAUCCUAUGUUAAGAAAUUACUAUAAGCUUAUGGCAUCUCUCGAUCAUUAUUUCAAUGGAGAUCAAAUGAGUAAAGUCCCACCAGGAACUACAUUCGAUACUAAGGUGAAAGCACCACCAGGGAAAACUAUUUAUGUUCCGGUUCGUGUAGAGCCCAAAGUAUAUUUUGCCACAGAAAGAACGUUCUUAUCCUGGUUGUCUAUUGCUAUCAUACUAUUUGGUGUUUCCACUACACUUUUGACAUACGGGACGCCGACCACUAUGAUUGCGUCAGUUGGAUUUUUCAUCACAUCAUUGGCAACAAUAAUUCACAGUGUGAUAACCUACGCUAGAAGGGUCGUCUAUAUCCGCUUGAAGAGAGCAGUGGACUACGAGGACAGAUUGGCACCACCUGCGAUCUGCGUUUUGCUGACACUCUCAAUCUUGUUCUCAUUCUACUGCAACAUGGUUUAA